AACAAAAAUGUUAUCCGCUAUUUGGCGUCUCGGUUGUGGUCGCUAAUUUGACCUCAGAAACAAACAACUAUUACAUUUCAGAGGAGUUAAAGAGGAGAAAAGACUUGAACAAAAGGUCGUGUAAGCCAUGAUCUGAGGUGUUAAAGUCGACUUUUUUCUCUGUGGACGACACAGCCUCGCCCUUCCACAUGCUGCACUUACAAACAGUCAUGUCUCAGUCUGAAUCCUGUUCGACUGUGUGGGACUGGUUAUGUGUUCUUCGUCUUGAGCAGUAUUCUGAGGCAUUUCGGAGCGCCGGGCUGGCAACGCUACCACAAUGUUGCAACCUCACACCAGAUCAGUUGGAGCGGAUGGGCAUCACACUGCCGGGUCACCAGAGACGCAUCCUGGCUAGCCUGAACAAAACGCAUGGUAACAAUGAGACACAAUCUGACACGCACUCUCACCAUUUACAGUCCGAGAGAGAUCAGAGGUUGGAGGAAACGGGACAUCCCAAAGUGUUGCCGAGAGGGAGACCUGUUCCUAUCCCAGGGGAAGAAAAACCUGUCCUUAAGGAAAGGGAGAAAAGAGAUGGAGAGACAUUGAGACCUUUGCACAGGGAGAGAGUGAAACCAGUCCCCAGGGAGAGACAAGUGUCCAGGAUGAAAGAGGAAAGUGGUGAAGGAGAGGAGAAGAAGCCAGUUCCUGGACAAAGACAAACAGCAUCUAGAGAAGGAAAAGAGGAGGAGAGGGAUGGGGGAAUAGAUGGAGAGAGGGAGAAGCCUGUGCCUAAAGAAAGGACUAGGUUUACCUCCAGUGCUCCAAUGGACUGUGACUCCGGCCCAGUUGUCUCCCAAACUUCUGACGACUCUUUACCCCCUGUCCCUCCACGAAGCAUCCUUAACUGUCCUCCGCAGCGCUUCACCUCUCCCCUCAGCUCCUCACCUCCUGCUCGAACCCCUGCCUCCCCCAAACUGGACAGGCAUGCGGUUAAAGCCCCAGCUGUACGGAGCAGAUCCCAGACUUCCACCCCCACGAGCACCCCUACCCACACCCCGACACAUGCACCUCUCCACCCUCCCAACUUCCCCUCUCCUCAAACUCGUUCUCAGACAUUAGCUAUUCAGCCCCCUGCCAAUCCUUUGGGUAGUGAUGGAGGAAGAAUAACUUCAUCUGUCUCCCCCACUGCUUCCCAUACCAAUGACAUAAAUGCUCCACCUCUCCCACCAAAAGUAGGGGCGGUACCUAAAGGCCCUCCACCAAUCCCACACCGCUCCUCUCCCACCAAGACGAUCACUGAUGAGAUCCAGAAAGACCAAACUCCACAGGUCCCACCUCGCAUCAGGACACCCCAAACUCUAGAAGACGCACAUCAAGGUCUGUCAAAUCAACCGGACACUCAGCCGGCCCUGCCUGCUAGGAGAGUCACGCAACCUUUCCGUGAAUCCAGGUUGGAUUCACUUAAUGAUUGUUCUGAUGACUAUGAAGAACCAGACUUGUUUUACCCCGGUGCUCAUCAAAUAAACGCAUCAGACAGGGAUAUGUCCCUUCAAGUGCCUUUCCAGGCAAAAGGACGUAGUUCUUUGUACAGUGAUGAUGAGCAGUUGGAUGAUGAUGAUCCCACUCUCUGGAAUGACGGGGGUAUGGACAGUCUGCAAGGAAGUGUCUACCUGCCAAUCAGUGGCAGACUGACCUCGACCACUAAAGUCGACAGCUCUCAGCUUGCUGCUGUCAUCAAGAUGGGCUGGCUGGACAAGAAUCCACCUCAGGGAGCCCUCUAUUAUCAGCGACGAUGGGUGAAGCUGGAUGUUGACUACCUGAGAUACUUUGACAAUGACAAGGAGGUGUAUUCUAAGGGGAUCAUCUCUACUGCCUUCGUCACUAAUGUGAGCAGUGUGGGUGAGCUGAAGUUUGAGGUCGUCACAAACAACCGAACCUUCAUCUUCAGGGCUGAAAGUGAAGUCGAGAGAAACGACUGGGUGACUGUGCUGCAGGACUGCACCAGGGGGCGCCAUCUGCGCAGCACCAUGAACCCUAGCUCACCUUUGUCCCCGGACUAUCAGGGAUACCUGGAGCUCAGAGGGUUACGCUCCAAACUUUAUACCAUUGUUGCCUCAGAUAAAGUCUUCCUCUACAAAAACAUUGAGGACUAUCGGAUAGGAUUGGGAAUCACAUCCAUUGAGAUGAAUGUAGGAAAUGUUAAGGACACAGAUCGUCGUGGCUUUGAUCUCACCACGCCUUAUCGCAUCUUCAGUUUCAUCGCAGAAUCAGAGCAGCUACGAGAGCAGUGGGUGGAAGCCAUGCAGGUUGCAAUAGGUGAGGCGCUGUCGAAUAGCGAGGUGGCAGAGCGGAUCUGGGCGGAGCCUAGCAACAGCCUUUGUGCCGACUGUGAGGCUCCCCAGCCGGAGUGGGCUGCCAUCAACUUGUGUGUGGUGGUCUGCAAGCGAUGUGCAGGAGAGCACAGAGGACUGGGUCCUAGCAUUUCAAAGGUUCGUAGUCUGAAGAUGGACAGGAAAGUCUGGACAGAGGAGCUUAUACAGGUUUUUCUGUUGCUGGGCAACGAGCGGGUAAACAGCUUUUGGGCAGCUAACGUCCCGCCAAGUGAAGCUUUGACAACCUUGAGCUGCAGCGACGAGAGACGACGCUUCAUCACCAACAAAUAUCGCCAGGGCAAAUACAGGAAGUACCACCCUCUGUACGGAAACCAGAAAGAGCUCAACAAUGCUCUUUGUAUAAAUGUGCAGUGCAGCGAUGUGCUGGAAACGUUGAGACUGAUUUUCUGUGGUGCCGAUGUGAAUUGUUCAACUGGUAUGGCAAGUUGGCCCACGGUUCUCUCCCUGGCCAACGCACACUCGCAACCCUUACAGGUUGAGUUAAUUAGCCACAAUCUCAACACAGAGCUACCACGGUCAGAGGUGGCUGAAGGCAUGGAGGCGAUACAUUACUCAGCACCACCUUGUGUGUCUCACAAUGGCUUCCUGUUCAAGACUGCAUCCAUGGCUCGGGCUAUCACAGACAGCAAGGCUAGAGAAGAGUUCAGUCGUCGCUGGUGCACUGUGAAUGAUGGCACCUUCAGCUACUAUGAGAGUGACAAGAACUCAAACCCUAACGGUUCUUUGAAGGCUUCAGAGAUAGUCUGCUUGGCUGUCGACGCGCCUGAGAGACACGGGUAUGACCACACCUUCGAACUCUACUCAGAGUCGGAGCGUCUCUAUCUGUUUGGCACUGAUGACCCAGACGGCCACAAGGAAUGGGUCAAGUCUAUUGCCAAGAGCUUUAUCCCGGCCACUGCAGAGCCGCUACUGAAGUUCGCUUUCGAGCGGAUUGGGCGGCUGAAAUGUAAAGACGGCCUGAACCUUAAUACAUCUAAGGUUGGCUGGUUUGCUCUGGUGGGCUCCACACUUCACACCUACCUGGAUGGAAGCAAGGGAGAGGAGAUCCACCUCCGCAAACUGAAUGAACUCUCGAUUCAACAAGACAAUGAGGUGCUGGUUCUGGUGGAGAGAGGCAGAACUCUGUACAUAGAGGGAGAGAGGAAGUUGGAUUUUUCCGGCUGGUGUGCUGCCAUCCAGGCGGCAGCGGGCAGUGGAGGAGACACUCUGAGCCAGCAGCAGCUGACAGAGACAGACAUACCUGUCAUAGUACACAGCUGCAUCGGCUACAUCACGCAGUGCGGCUUGACCUCUGAGGGGAUAUAUCGUAAGAGUGGGGUGAACUCCCGUGUGGCAGCACUGUGCGAGAAAUUUAAUCGUGAUGCUCGCAGUGUCCGUCUGAGAGAAGGAGAGCACCAAGUGGACGACGUCUCCAACACGCUCAAACGCUUCUUCAGGGAGUUGGGGGAGGGACUGUUCACAUCAGAGGAUGGCAGCACCUGGCUCAGUGCUGCUGCUAUUCAGGAUGAAGGCAAGAAAAUCGCCCAGUACCAGCUGCUGUUGAAGAGACUGCCUUGUGUCAACAAGGCUACACUACAAGCCCUUAUCAACCACCUCUAUUGCGUGCAGCGUUUUUCUGAGCUGAACCAGAUGAACCUCCAUAAUCUGGCCAUAGUAUUCGGUCCCACACUGUUCCAGAGCGAUGGGAAGGACUUCACUGCAGGCCGUGCCGUAGAGGACCUCAUACAGCACUACACAGUCAUCUUUGAGGUGGAUGAACAGCAGCUUAAGAAGCAGCUGGAAGAGAUCACUGUUAUCAUCCAAGUGCGAGAGAAACUCAAUACAAAGUUUCCUAGUACUGAACCUGGAGGGCACUUCAUCUGCACAGUGUACCUGGAGGAAAAGAAGGACACAGCAGAGCAACAUGUCAAGAUCCCUGGUUCUAUGACGGCAGCAGAGCUGACCUGUGAGGUCCUGGACCGGCGUAACAUCAGGGUUAAAGACAAAGACUACUGGAACUGCUGGGAGGUCAGCGACAAGGAGGAAAUGGAACGUCCACUGCACUAUCAGGAGCGAGUCUUACCCAUCCUUCACUCCUUUGGCACCGACUCCCAUCUGCUCAUCAAGAAACACAUCGCUAUGGAGGCGAUGAUGGUCUACCUGGCCAGUAAAGUGGAUGCAUCCAAACACGGGAUGAUGAAAUACAGAGAGGAGAGAAGCAUCUUGGGACGCUCCGCUGGAAGUUUCCACGACCGAUAUUUCAUCCUCAAUUCCAACUCUCUCAGAAUGUACAAGGAAGUCAGAAGUAACCGUACAGAACGUGAUUGGCCAGUGAAAAACCUGAAGGUCUACAUGGGUAUUAAAAAGAAAGUCCGUCCUCCUACAUGUUGGGGACUGACAGUCGUGUAUGAGAGUAAGAAACAAGAGAAGCAAGAGAGACAGCAGUGGUAUCUCUGCUGUGACGCCCAGUCAGAAAUGAGGGAGUGGUAUGCCACUUUCCUAAGUAUUCAGUACGAUGGCAACGUGUGGCCUCAGGACGGACUCAAGCAGACACGAGUGAGCCGUGUGUUGCCGGAUGCGCGUCAUGGUAAUGUGUCACUGAUACCGCUGCGUGGCAGUGAGAAUGAGAUGCGGAACAGCGUUGCAGCUUUCAGCCAAGACCCGCUUGCUCUCUUUAGGGAUGUUCGGUAAUGGUCGCUGCAACAAAGGGCGGACAAUCGGCAUCAGAUGAUCUCUGAACAUUCCAGUGACAUCAUCAUCCUGCAAUUGUAAGGGCCAGAAUGAUGGACACUCGUACUUUAUAUGGAUUAUGGCCUUAGACUGCCGCCUGCUCCUUUGAAUAUAAACUGGACUAAAAUGUAAACGGACAAACAGGAUCACAUGUAAAAUAUAACCUACACUGGCCUCCCUGCAACAAUGACUUCGCCUUGACUUGAUGUACAGUGGAAGCAGCUGGGAGCUGUGGCAUUAAAACAAAUCAAGGAGUGACAAUAACGACGAGGAUGAAUGUGCAUCAAUUCUUCGCCCAAUGCUCAACUGUUUCCAUUGGUCAGUGGCACGUGACUCAAACACUGCAUUGCAUUAUGGGACGGAAGCAUGAAAGACGUGCUGAGAGAAACCUUCAUUUCUUUUAUGUAUUUCAGAAAAGACUUAGUUUAGUUAUUUUAAGCACUAGCAUUGAAUGCUUAGCCUUUUUUUUUUUUUUUUUUAUAUAUAUAAGAAUAAAGUUUAUUGACUUGCAGUAAUAGCUAAAUCUGAUUUAUAAUUUUGUGAUGUUUUCUGCUUUUAAUCCUUACUUUUGCUCAAAGAAUUGUCAGGAUAAUCCUUCAGUUCAAAAUUGAAUAAUUGCUAUUGUAAGCAAGGCUGAUGUCAUAGAAAACGGUGACCCGAUUCUGUCCAUGGUUUGUUCUCCAGGGACCAAGUCAAGGAUUGAGAGGUAGAGCUGAGAAAUGACAGGUGGAUCCUUUUCUGUUGCUCCUAUUUGCCUGUUCUGUACAAAACCUUGGUCAGGGUUGCAUAUUUGUGCUUCCCGUCUGCAUAUGUGCACCAGUGUGCAUACAGUAGACGUGAAUAUGUCUUUGUGUGUUUGUGAGUAUGCAAGUUUAAUCUUCUAUGACAUUGUGUAGUAAGAAAUGAGAGGUAUUUGCUGAAAAAAGCAUUUCAUUUCUUUAGAUUAAAAUAAGAGAGUCACAAUUGAUUGCAAAAUGACCUUUGCCAAACACUGUUAGGAUGUGUGUAAAUUCAAAGAAACUCUUGAUUUACUAUUGUAAAAUCAAGCAUCCCUUCUCUGAAUAACGCAUCCUAAGUAGGUCACAUCUCAAACCAUAUUCAUUGAUUCACAAUGUGCGGAGCCCUGGCCUGAUCGGUUCGUGUCCCCUGCCGUCCUCAGCGCUGCCUCCGCUCUACAGCUCCUUUUCUACCCCCUGUGAUGACAGAUAUACAGUAAAUAUACAUACAUGACAUGGGCAGUCGUGUCAUUAACCAGCAGUAUUUAUGAAGUUUUUAGAUUAUGGAUUAGUCCCAUUGAAAUAAACCUGUCUUUUAUGUUUGUUGUGCACAAUCUUUGUAUCUGUAUGUUUAUUAUAGUUUGUUAAUCAAAACAGGGUGCAGGAGUUCAAUUGAAAGACCUGGAAGCACAAAAACGAAUUAAAGUGCAUUAUAAUCUUC